AUGACGGCUUCAACUCCGAAUCCCGCCCUCAACGGGGAGUCCAGAGUCGGCGAGAUCAUAGCCAUCAUCUCGGCGGCUUGCGUACUCUCAACACUAGUCGUCGCCUUGAGAUGCUACUCUCGCGCCGUCAUUCUCAGAAGUUUCGGACUGGACGAUGCUGUGAUGGUUCCAGCACAGAUCUUGACGAUAGCAUCAGCUGUGGCCAUCGGGCUCGAAGCCAAAUACGGUCUCGGUCGCCACUCCUGGAUGAUGCCCAAGGAGGACUACAUCCCUUACAUGAAAUCCUUUUAUAGCUCCAUCGCUGUCUACAAUGUCGCCGUCUGCAUGACCAAAAUAUCCAUCCUGCUGCAGUACCACCGUCUCUUUUCUCACACAAUGAUUCGGAAAGUCAUCCUCGGUGGGCUCGUCUUCCUGAUAUGCUGGGGGAUCACGCUCUGCUUCCUCCUGCCCCUCGUCUGCAUCCCGGUCGACGCAUUCUGGAACCCCGACGUGCCCGGCUUCUGUCUAGACAACGGCACUAUUUGGUACGUCAUGGCGGGCGUCAAUGUCUUCACCGACUUUGCCGUUUUCUCCAUGCCCAUCCCGGUCAUCAGUUCGCUGCACCUCCCAACGAAGCAAAAGGCCAUGCUCCUAAUCGUCUUUACCCUCGGCAUUUUCCCCUGCGCCGUCUCAAUCUACCGCAUCCACACCCUUUACUCCGCCGCGCAUUCGACCGACGCGAGCUGGGACAACGUGGACGCCGCUGUCUUCUCCUUCCUCGAGCUCUCGGUCGGCGUCAUCGCCAUCUGCCUGCCCACCCUCCGCCCCGUGCUGAUGCAGACCAUGCCGCGCAUCUUUGGCUCGCUGCUGCGCUCCAAUUCGGGCGGAUACGGCAACGGUCCCACUGGUCCGACUGCCGGGGGCGGCAGCCGCACCCCUUUUAGCGGGCACGGGACGGGUACUGGCGCUGUUGCUGGUGGCGGUGGCGCUGGUGGAGGUGGGGUGUUCACAAAGGUCGGUUCCUCCGGGACAACAACGCUACGGGCGUCAGAUAGUACCGAGGGGCUGAGGCCUGGGGACGAGGAGAUUGCGCUGCCGCCGAGGAGUCGGAUGGGAGAUGAUAUCGAGUUUGGGGAACUGCCUCAUGGGCCGUUAGAUGCGAAUAUCCCUGUUGCGAAGCGGUACAGCGUGAGUGUGGUCGGGGGCUGGGAGCCCGCGGCGUAUCUCGAUGAGGCGGUAGGGGGCGGGAAUCCGGUGGGCAUCAAGACGACCACGGUCGUCACGCAGAAGGUGUCGUUUGCCGAGGAAGGAAAUCGGCUGUCUGGGGAGAACGCCAACCCAUGA